AUGAAUGAGGAACGUUGCGAGUGUUGUCUGAAAAUUGCAGACAGAACCGGAACUCAAACUCCUUACACAGGUUGUGCAAUGCUGAACGACAGGUCACAAAAUUAUUCACAUAACCGAAGCUGGUAUGCAACUUUUGUCAGUCUUUUCCCUUCACUUCUCGAUGAAUACGAGUUCGGUUUGUGCCUCAUCCAACUUUCCAACUCAUGCGUUUACCUACAUAUAUUAGGACAGAAACUAAAAUCUUUCGAAACACAACGGAAAUUUAAAGGAAUCUGUAAACUGAGGUUCAUCAACCUAAACGACUUGUGUUUGAGACUGAACUGCUUUCAGAUUCAGGGUGAACAACGAAAUGACAGACAAGAAAUGAGUUAUCCAACUGUCUAUCAUUCAUCUGAUAAAACUUAA